AUGACUGCUGAAUUUGCUACUCACGCUACUACUCCCAAAGGCGACAAGAUCACCUUCAACACUGGUUUAUUUAUCAACAACGAAUUCGUCGCUGGUGACGAGACCAUUGAUAGCGUCAACCCCACCACUGGUGAAGUGAUUGCUGCUGUUCAAGCUGCUGGAGAAACUCAAGUCAAUGCUGCUGUGGAUGCUGCGGAAAAGGCAUUCCGUCAAGUAUGGAGCAAGACACCAGGCCGUGAUCGAGCAAAGCUUAUGUACAAGUUGGCUGAUCUUGUUGAUCAACAUUUGGAAGAAUUGGCCAAGCUCGAAACCCUUGAUAAUGGCAAAGGCAUUGCCUUUUCGCGUGGAUACGAUGUUCCCGAACUUGCAAAGUCGAUUCGUUACUUUGCUGGUUAUGCUGACAAGGUGCAUGGCAAGGUGAUGGAAACAGAAGGCAAAUUGUCAUACACGCGUCAUGAACCCAUUGGCGUAUGUGCAGCUAUCAUUCCUUGGAACUUUCCUCUUAUGAUGGUUGGCUGGAAGCUUGGUCCUGCUUUGUGUACUGGCAACACGAUUGUUAUCAAGACAUCCGAAAUCACACCCUUGUCGGCUCUCAAGCUUGCAGAGCUGGUGGUGGAAGCUGGCUUCCCUCCUGGUGUCGUCAACUUUAUCACAGGCUAUGGUCCUAUCGCUGGUGACAAGUUGGCACGUCAUCCAAAGGUCGGCAAGGUUGCAUUCACUGGAAGCACAGCUGUGGGUCGUAUGGUAAUGAAGGCUGCUGCCGAAUCCAACCUCAAAAAGGUCACCUUGGAACUUGGUGGCAAAUCCCCCAACAUUAUCUUUGAUGAUGCCGAUCUCGACCAAGCUGUUGCAUGGGCACACAAGGGUAUCUUUUUCAACCAUGGCCAAUGCUGCUGUGCUGGAUCUCGUGUUUAUGUCCAAGAGGGCAUCUAUGACAAGUUCCUUCAACGCUUCAAGGAGUACACUAGCCAAACCAAGGUGGGCGAUCCAUUUGCAGAAGACACCUUCCAAGGACCACAAGUAUCCAAGGUUCAAUUUGAUCGUAUCAUGAACUACAUUGAACAAGGCAAAAAGGAAGGAGCUACUUGCUUCAUGGGUGGCAAUCGCCUUGGUGAUAAGGGUUAUUUCAUCGAACCCACUGUUUUCACUGAUGUCAAGGAGGAUAUGGUUGUCGUGAAGGAUGAAAUCUUUGGCCCUGUUGUGGUUGUUUCCAAGUUCAAGACCAUUGACGAAGUCGUUGAGAAGGCUAACAACAGCACCUAUGGUCUUGCUGCUGCCGUUUUCACUAGCAACAUCACCACUUCCAUUAGCGUUGCCAAUCAACUCGAGGCUGGUACUGUGUGGAUUAACUGCUACAACGAGUUGGAUUACAAUACGCCAUUUGGUGGUUACAAGCAAAGUGGUAUCGGUCGUGAGAAUGGCGAAUAUGCCUUGGAUAACUACUAUCAGGUCAAGGCAGUCAAGAUCAAUGUUGGCUUGUAA